AUGGAAGAGCUCAUCUCUGCUAGUAACUCUUUUACAUCUGCUCUACGUCGAUACUCCACCGCUUGCCGAGCAGCGACUGAACUAUUCGCCUCCUCACGCGACAUAAAAAAUACAUCUAAUGGCAUCUUGAAAUUUAUUUCACUUAAACUACAGGAUAUUGCCCAGCACGAGUUAGAAAUACAAAAAACGCGAUGUAUUUUGGCCCAAAGCCGAAACUCAGCUCGAACUAUUGCCCCCAUCAACGCCCUACCGCUGGACAUAUUAACACAGAUUUUCGAUACGGUUUACUACUGGGGAAGGUGUUCAAUCUCCGGCGAAUACCAUUUCGACAAUGAAACUGGAUGCUUGAGGUAUCCAAAUUGGCUGGCUCCUGACACACUCUCCCACGUUUGUAAACACUGGCGUCGGGUUAUUUUGGCCUCUCCAAGUUCAUGGACUCAUAUUGAUAUCACAAACACGGAUGAUCUUUCUCCGUUAUUUCAAAAACUUCUGUGUCGUGGCGAAACAUUCGCAGAACGAGCGCUACCUCACAAUUUGACCGUCCACCUUUCCCUUGCAACACCGACCAAUCCAAUCUCGUGUUAUGGAGAGGCCGAGCGGCUAAAUCGAUUCCACUCUAUUGUGGGGUCAAGAACCAAGUCUCUGGAGCUGGAGCUCUGGACAGAGAAUUCUGCUUUUAGAGAAUUACUUGAGCGAAGCCUUGUACAUGCAGUUCCUGGAGUCUUGCAGAACAUAUCCAUCACGGUCAAGUCCAGCGACAAUGGGGGGGUUGUGAUGGCAAACACUCAUCAAGGCAAUUCACAGGCAACAGCAAUGAAGCUAGGCAUACCGGAGUAUUUCUUGUCUAAUUUAUUAGGCCCGGUAACUGUCCUGCGACUACGGAACCUUUUCUUUCCAUGGUACAGCUCUGCUUAUUCAGGUCUCAGCGACCUCCGACUUCUAACAAAUUUCCGCGGCCAGGGCGCAAUAUCCAUUCCGAUACACAAUCUGAGGGAUAUACUCCAGUCAAGUCCUGGACUGCGCAUUCUUCAUCUUAAUAUUAAUGUUGAUAUCCGGUCGCCGUAUAUGAACUUCCAUCCUACACAAGAAAAUCCCCCCAUUUCGCUCAAAGACCUGCAGGAGCUGAAUUUGCGAAGAAUGUGCGGCAGUCAACGGGAUAUGGUUUUCUCAAUCGUUCAACCCGGCGAUAGACCUCUGACUUUGUCUGUCUCAGUCCAGCCCGAAGUUUAUGAUACGCUCGGAGCCAGACAUUUACUCUCGCCCGCUAUUUUAGACUUUUCAAAACGUUCAAACAUUACGAGGCUCUACUUGGAAGAUCUUGAAGAAGAAACACGUUUUUUCGGAGACAUUUUAACAGGUUUAUCGGUCGGGCCGACCGGUUUGCGUACCCUUGGCUUAGAAAGAUUUAUUAUCGCCAAAGAGAUUACAGAUAAUAGGAUGCAAACCAUGGGUCAGCAAUGGCCGGUAAAAGUAGAGCAUUUACUCAUGAGCAAAUGCACUUACGCUAUAUCGACUCUCCGAGCACUUGUUCAACUUUGCCCCAUUCAAGUAUUCGCGGAAGUAAGCUCUGAGUAUAUACAAUUUUCAGAACGCGGUUAUGAAGAGAUGGCCACCAUAUUCCCUGUCCUGAUGCUACCUGAGACCGGUUAUCCCGUUGAUCAAUGGAACGAACUAGGUGUUUUGGAUUGUUAG